UGCAAGCAAAGCAGCAGCGAGAGAGUCUACGGCCGCGAUCUGACCUCCACCGGCCUACGGUACCAACGGCGGACACGACGCCUCCGCACCGCAAAGCAAGUGAAUUGAAAACACACAGCUCAUGGAAUACUAAAGCUGCCAUUUCGGCGAGCACAUGCACGCUUUUAUAUGCCUGCCGUCCCCAAAGAUGCCAAGGAAACCCUCUUCCUGCUCCAGUGCUCCCACUCCCACUCCACUCCCGAUCGUCCCUGCAAUGGCGCUCCACCUCAUGCUCGCCGCCGCGGCCGCAUUCGCCGUCCUCGCACCGCCAGCAGCGAGUAGCGGCCCCACCCCCGCACCGCCGGCGCUAGGGAUCAACUACGGGCAGGUGGCUGACAACCUGCCGCCGCCACAGGCGGCCCUACUCCUCCUCCGCGCGCUGAACGCCACGCGAGUGAAACUCUACGACGCGGACGCGCGCGUGCUCCGCGCCUUCGCCGGCUCCGGGGUCGACUUCACCGUCGGCGUGCCCGACCGCCUGGUGCCGCGCAUGGCCACCGACCCAUCCGCGGCCGCGUCGUGGGUGCGGAGCAACCUCCUGCCCCACCUCCCGGCCACGUCCAUCACCGCCGUGACGGUCGGCAACGAGGUGCUGUCGGGGACGAACGCCGCCAUGCUGCGGUCGCUGCUCCCGGCCAUGGAGUCGCUGCACGCGGCGCUGGCGGCGUGCAACCUCACCUCCCGUGUCUCCGUCACCACGGCGCACUCCCUCGCCGUGCUGUCCUCCUCGUUCCCGCCGUCGUCGGCCGCGUUCCGGCGGGAGGUGGUCCCCUACAUGGCCCCGCUGCUGGGGUUCCUGGCGCGCACCGGCGCGCCGUUCCUGGUGAACGCGUACCCGUACUUCGCGUACAAGGCGGACCCGGACCGGGUGGACCUCGGCUACGCGCUGUUCGAGGCGAAUUCCGCCGGCGUAGCUGACGCCGCCACGGGGCUGCGGUAUGAUAACAUGCUGCACGCGAUGGUGGACGCCGCGCGCGCCGCCAUCUGCAGGGCGAACUACGGCAAGGCGCUGGAGAUCCGCGUGUCGGAGACCGGGUGGCCGUCGCAGGGAGACGACGACGAGGCCGGCGCCACGCCGGAGAACGCCGCAAGGUAUAAUGGGAACCUCAUGCGCCUCGUCGCGCAGGGGAAGGGCACGCCGGCGGCGCCGGGGGAGCCGCUGCAGGUCUACGUGUUCGCGCUCUUCAACGAGGACCAGAAGCCCGGACCGGCGUCCGAGCGACAUUACGGGCUGUUCAAACCCGACGGCACCCCGGCUUACGAUGUCGGCGUCAAGGCGCCGACCAUCACACUGCCCAAGGGGAACGGCAGCAGCGGGAGCGGGAAUAAUGGCACCGGCGGAUUGGUGGUGGCGCAAGGGCCCGGCGGCGCCGACGGCGUCGGGCCCGGCACCGGAUACUACACUGUGUCUGCCGCAGCAAUGAACAAGGUGAAGAGCAGGCGGCGGCGGUGCAUGGAAAGCUUGGUGGCGGCGGCUGCCGUCCUGGCCAUGGUGUCCGGACCCUGUUAGUUUCUUGGCAGAGAACAGACAAGAGAGACAUUACAGAGAUUCGAAAUCGACUGAACUCAGCUGAGGCAUAUCAUAUGCCAUCGAAUUCGAUUGAUUCGUCAUUGUUUUUUGGGCCUGAUUCGUAUGUAUGCCUUGUAGCUGUGCAGAGGAAGACAGUAGACAUGCAUUCCUGUAUGUAAUUGAUUGAUACACACAUUUGAUACUCCUCUCCUGCUCC